AUGCCACUACAAACUACGCUCAGCUUGGCCUGCGGCAAGCAGGUACCCAAUGCGGUGGCAGCUUCGGUCGGUGCCCAAACGACUUGUGCUGCUCCGAGAGUCUGUGGUUGGCCGAAGCCGACGCCGACGCCUCCAACUACUACAAUCAGCACGACAACCACAUCUAGUACGGCUGCCACUACGAGCAGCAGCACGGCCACGACGACUACCAGCCAGGUCAUCUCCCCUUCAAGCGGCACGGUCAGCACGUCUGUGAUCCCUACGCCAACCGGUCCUCUCCUGGUCACGACGAACGGCCAGUGCGGCAACAACACCAUUUGCAUUGGCAACCCGAACUUUGGGCCCUGUUGCUCGCAGUUCUUCUGGUGUGGAAGCUCGAUUGAGUACUGUGGCGCGGGCUGCCAGAGCCAGUUCGGUGCCUGCUUUGGCGUACCCGGGAUUCCGGCCCCUCCAGCUUCGAACGGGACUUCGCCGACCACCAGGAGCACUUCUCAAGCGCCACCGGCAAGUCCUUCAACCAUUAGCACCACUACCAUCACCACCAGCAGCACGACGACAUCCUCUACCGCAUCGCCCACGCCAAUUGUCACGAUUCCUCCUGGCAUGGUCAGCACGACAGAUGGCCGUUGCGGUAAUGGCGUUACCUGCUUGGGAUCGACUUGGGGGCGGUGCUGCACCGGAGUUCGGGCACUGCGACCCGGCCCCUUGAAGGAAAUCCCCGACGAGACGAUACGCGACUACUGA